AGAGGAAAAGGUGGGUGGGCACAGGGAGGCAGGCGCCAGGGAGGCUCAGGGGGAGGGAGAUUAACCUGGCCCGCCCCGCCCCCAGCCGAUAAAGGCACGGCCAGGCCAGGCUGGCUCUUGCCACGUGUGCUCUCCUGUCCAGAGACUGACUCAGAGCACCCUGCGGCCCAGCCAUGAGGCUCCUGCUGUCGCUCCCAGUCCUGGUGGUGGCUCUGUUGAUGGUUUUGGAAGGCCCAGCUCCAGCCCAGGCCACCCCAGACCUCUCCAGCACCCUGGAGAGCAUCCCGGACAAGCUGAAGGACUUCAAAAGCACCGUGGAGGAGAAAGUCCGCGCAGCCAUCCACCACAUCAAACAGAGUGACAUUCCUAAGAAGACCUGGACCUGGCUUUCUGAGACGUUCAGCAAAGCAAAAGAGAAAAUCACAAAUACCUUCUCCUGAGCACUGGGAGGGCUGCCCCCCUCCUCUGCGGCUGUGACCCGGGAGGGGGCUCUAGAAUUCCCCCCGCCCCCGCCCCCUGUGCCAAGGACUUUCUCCGUUGCGCCCCAUGUCCCUCCACCAGCACCACCGGCACCAAUAAAAAUCCUACAUAGA